ACAUGGCGAGCCUGGCAGAUGUCGGCUGGAAACUCCUGGAAUUCAAAGCCCGAUCAAAGAGAUCAGUAGAUUUGUGAUUUAGCUGAGAGAGACGAUUGGCCUUAAUUUCACCUUUUGAGAAUGGCUGCAGUUGACCAGCCUCAUCGGAAAGUUCACAGACUCGGCUCCAUCUAUGAACCUCUCAAGCUGUCAAUUCUCCAGCGGGAGGAUGAGCCCCUUUGGGAGAAGCUGGACCGUUACUAUAAUGCUGUUAAGAUGACUAUUCUGAACUACCAGAGUCCCACCACUGGCCUUUUCCCUGUCAAAACAUGCUCCACCUGUAAGGAGGCCAAGGUCCGGGACUCCCUGUACUGUGCUGCUGGUGCCUGGGCUCUGGCAAUGGCAUACCGGCGCAUUGACGAUGAUAUGGGGCGGACCCAUGAACUGGAGCAUUCUGCCAUCAAGUGCAUGAGAGGGAUCCUCUACUGCUACAUGAGACAGGCUGAUAAAGUGGAGCAGUUUAAAAAGGAUCCCAGCCCCUCCAAGUGUCUGCACUCUGUGUUCGACGUAGACACUGGUGACGAGGUUUACUCCAACAGCGACUACCACCACCUGCAGAUCGAUGCUGUUUCGCUGUUUCUGCUGUACCUGGUGGAGAUGAUCUGCUCUGGUCUGCAGAUCAUUUACAACACUGAUGAGGUUUCCUUCAUCCAGAACCUGGUGUUCUGUGUGGAGAGAGCCUACAGGGUGCCUGACUACGGCAUGUGGGAGCGAGGCAGCAAAUACAAUAACGGCAGCACUGAGCUGCAUUCCAGCUCUGUGGGCCUUGCUAAAGCUGCUCUAGAGGCUAUCAAUGGAUUCAACCUGUUUGGAAACCAGGGCUGCUCAUGGUCUGUGAUAUUUGUGGAUCUGGACGCCCACAACAGGAACAGGCAAACCCUUUGCUCCUUACUGCCCCGAGAGUCUCGCUCCCAUAACACCGAUGCAGCCUUGCUUCCAACCAUCAGCUAUCCUGCCUUUGCAGUCGAUGAUGACGCUCUGUACAGUCAAACUCUUGACAAGAUCGUUCGCAAGUUACGGGGUAAAUAUGGCUUCAAGCGCUUCCUCCGUGAUGGAUACCGCACCGCGAACGAAGACAAGAAUCGCCGUUACUACAAACCUGCUGAAAUGAAGCUUUUUGAUGGAAUCGAGUGCGAGUUUCCCAUAUUUUUCAUCUACAUGAUGAUUGACGGGGUGUUCAGAGGAAAUAAAGCUCAGGUCAAAGAAUACCAGGACCUCCUUGAACCCAUCAUUUUCCAUUCUUAUGAGGGCCAUGCCGUGAUCCCCAAAUACUACUAUGUACCAGCUGAUUUUGUGGAGGCGGAACAGAACAAGCAUGGUAGCCAGAAGCGUUUCCCUAGUAACUCUGGCCGUGAUGGGAUGGUCUUCCUAUGGGGUCAGGCCCUGUACAACAUUGCCAAGUUGCUGGUGGAUGAGUUGAUCAGCCCUAAGGAUAUCGAUCCCAUCCACCGCUAUGUGCCACGGCAGGACCAGCGCAAUGUGAGCAUGCGCUACUCCAAUCAGGGUCCCAUAGAGAAUGACACUGUGAUCCACGCAGCCCUGAUAGCUGAGAGCCAGAGAUUGCAAGUAUUUUUGAAUACCUACGGCAUUCAGACCCAGACACCCCAGCAAGUGGAACCCAUCCAGAUCUGGCCUCAGAAGGAACUGGUCAAGGCAUAUCGUUUCCUUGCCAUCAAUAAAAAGCUGGGGUUGAGUGGGCGUCCAGAUAGGCCAGUGGGUUGCAUUGGGACCUGCAAGAUUUAUCGCAUUCUGGGCAAGACGGUGGUGUGCUACCCAAUAGUGUUUGAUCUAAGUGACUUUUACUUGUCCCAAGAUGUUAUGCUGCUGAUUGAUGACAUUAAGAAUGCCCUGCAGUUCAUCAAACAGUGCUGGAAGAUGCAGGGGCGCCCUCUGUUCCUGGUUCUCAUCCGUGAGGAUAACAUCAAAGGGAGCCGCUUCAACCCAGUUCUGGACAUGCUGGCCUCGUUCAAGAAAGGCAACAUCGGCGGAGUCAAAGUUCACGUCGACAGACUUCAGACCCUGAUAUCAGGAGCAGUUGUGGAACAGUUGGACUUCUUGCGAGUCAACGAGGCAGAGAUCCCAGAGUUUAAGAGUUUUGAGGAGCUGGAGCUGCCCAAGCACUCUAAGGUGAAGAGACAGACGAGCACGCCCAACGCCUCAGACCUGGAGCAGCAGCCAGAGAUCAGUGUGGAGGAGUGGCAGCAGAAGUCCACCCAGGAGAUUAUCCAGAAGUUCCACGACUGUGACUGCUUGGCCAGUCAGGCUCAGCUUGCCAGCAUCCUUCUGAGGAGAGAAGGAUCAGACUUCCUUGCCAAAGAUGAGAACCUGAUGGAUGAACUGGAGAGAAUCUACAGAAGAGCCGGCAGCAGAAAGCUUUGGUCUGUUGUCCGUCUUGCUGCCAGUCUCUUAACUAAGCUAGUGGACAGCCUUGCCCCCAGUAUUACUAGUGUUUUAGUGCAUGGCAAGCAGGUGACCCUCGGCCUGUUCGGGCAUGAGGAGGAGGUGAUCUCUAACCCGCUGUCCCCGGGGGUGAUCCAGGGCAUCAUCUACAGCAAGUGCUCCCCUCAUGGUGGGGAGAGGGAGGCUGUUCUACAGCAGGAGCUGGUCAUCCACAUCGGAUGGAUUAUCUCCAACAACCCUGAGCUGUUCAGCGGCAUGCUCAAGAUCAGAGUCGGAUGGAUCGUUCAGGCCAUGAAACAUGAGCUGAAGAUCCGGGCAGGAGACAUGCCACCACAGGACAUCUACCAGCUGUCCCCCAGCGACAUCAAGCAGCUCUUGCUGGACGUGCUACAGCCGCAACACACCGGCAGGUCUUGGCUGAACAGGCGUCAGAUCGACGGCUCUCUGAACAGGACCCCGCUGGGCUUCUAUGAUCGUGUGUGGCAGAUCCUGGAGAGGACUCCCAAUGGUAUUGUGGUGGCCGGGAAUCACCUCCCUCAGCAACCCUCACUCUCUGACAUGACCAUGUAUGAGAUGAACUUCUCCCUGCUGGUGGAGGACACGCUGAAGAACAUUGUCCUGCCUGAGUACAGACAAAUCAUAGUAGAGUUGCUGAUGGUGGUGUCCAUAGUGCUGGAGAGAAACCCAGAGCUCGAGUUCAGUGACAAAGUGGUUCUGGACGGUCUGGUGAAGGAAGCCUUCAAUGAUUUCCAGAGAGACCGCAGCCGCUUCGAAGGAAUGGAGAAGCAGGACGACAUGGAGGCGUUCUACAACACGCCGCCGGUGGGAAAGAGAGGCACGUCCAGCUACCUGACCAAGGCUGUGAUGAUCCAGCUGCUGCAGGGCGACGUCAAGCCCUGCAAGGAUGACCCGUGCUCUGUUAGUUAGAUUUACAGCACUUCAACCCCUAAUCGAGCCACUGCAGCGUCGUCAUCAAACAGUCUGGUGACAAUCACUGGUCAUUGGUCACUUGUGUUCUAAAGAUAACCGCUACCCUCUCCAAUCCUUAUUCAGCAAGGCUCUGCCCACUCCAGCAAGCAGUUCACUUGGCACAGAUUAGCAGGUCUGCAGUUUGCUCUGGGGGUUAAAAUAUGAAUAUAAAAACAAAAGGCUAAUGACUAGGGGUGACAAUCUCAGUGCCACUGGGUCCUUUGUUGUUUGACUUCCACACAUUUUUGUUUUGUCACUGUUCAGAAUCCCAACCCUACUGGUCCAAAUCCAAAUUAAGCUUUUAACAUUACUUGUCAUGUCAUAAUGCCUCAUAGCUUGCUAAUGUCGCCACAAAACUAUUGAGCUGUUGUUACACUUUAUCUGGAUGUUGUAGAUUAGUAUGUCUGCUGUGUUUCAAAGGUAAUAUACUGUACACCCACCGAGUGCACUGUACUCAUAAGCAAUUAGAUCCUUUGUUAAAAAGUCUCCUGGGUUUGAGUUAAAAUGACACUUAGCUAAGGAACAAGUACACCGAUAAGCCACAACAUUAAACCACUUAAAAUCCUGUAGGUCCAAUUUUGGCUGGUUCUGGUGCAUCCUGUGGAAUGAGAUGGGUGCAUUGUCCACAUCACUGCCGUCAGGGAGUGCCGUUGCCAUGAUUAGCUGUGCUUGGUCUGCAACAAUGCUUAGGUUUAGCUACAUGUCACAGUAACAUCCACAUGAAUGCCACAACCCGAGGUGUCUCAGAGGAACAUGCCAUUGCUAUGAGGGGAUCACCUGUCAGUGGUUUUAAUAUUGUCACUAAUCAGUGUUUGUUCAUAUAAAGUAAGAAAAUAAAAACUAAUUUAAAGGAAAAAGUCACACAGUUUGGGGUUAGUUUAUUUUAGCAUAUAGCCUUAACAUGCUAGCCUGACCCUGUCCACAACUACAGAAGGAUAUGCUCCUGAAAACAAAGGCAUCAUGUGUUCUCUGUAAUAGAGCAAACUGUCUCUCUCCUUUUUUCUUUUUUUUUUUUUUUUUUUGGUGUUGCCCAGAAUACGGUUGUAAAUGUUCUCUGUUCUGGCUCUCAGGUAAAGAACUAGCACCAUUUUGAACUCUGCUGAAUGAACCAGACUCAGAUUUAACAGUUCAAUCUGUACCUCAUCUCUCACCAGCAGUAACCUGUAGCUGUUACAUUUAAAGUACAAGAUAUUUGCAUCAUGAGAAAUGUGUUUUCAAUAUUGAAGCAUUUGGCCUUCAACAUGCAUUACUGUUCACCUAGACCUGAAAGUGGUUACUUCUGCAACUAUUUCAUGGAAAAAAUGUAGUAAUAUUCAUUAGAAUUCAUGUUUGUGGGUCUUUGGCAUUAGAGGGAUUGACAGCCAGUGCAUUUGAUAUAUAAUGUGUUUGUUUGUUUAUUGAGUUAUACAGUACAGUAUAUUAUUCUACAUGUCUGUUAGGUGUUUGUUGUACUGUGUUGAGUUUCUCUUUGGGGAACACUGUGUCCUCUUACCUCUAUGCAUGCAGAGUGUGCCGCAUGACAAUAGGUACUGUUUGCCAUAACCAUUGCAAAGCUUUCUCUGAAUGGUAUGAGCAACAAAAUAGAGUUUUGGAGAGGCCUCUGCUUGACAAUGACUACGGCUCAUCUGUCCAAGUCCAAGUACUGAGCGCCCUUUAGAAAUUGUUGUUUUGUUGAAUGUGGGCAACAGAAAAGAUUGCUGCCAUCCUUAGGUAGAAAUGAUGAAAGACUCAAUCUGACUUAUUUUAAAGUGUGCCUCUCUGAAUAUCGUCACUGUGAUGAAUCUGCCCGACCUUGUCACAAUGUGUUUGAGCGUGUGUGUGUGUGUGUGUGUGUGCGCGCUGUUUGUCCCUGUCGUUCAAAAGAAGUACUUUUGAAUCAAAACUGUAAUUUCAGAGAAUAAAGUUGUGGAAACUACAAA